AUGAGUCUCGAAUUCACCACUCUCGAUGUUUUCACCACCACCGCCUUUGAGGGCAAUCCUUUAGCGGUGGUGACGAUACCCCCACCAAGCCAACAAGCAUCCCUCACCCAAUCGCAAAAGCAACGAAUUGCCUGCGAGUUCAACCUCUCCGAGACAGUCUUUGUUCAUGAUAUUGAGAAUCGCGACGAUACAGAUGAGAGAAAGAUUGAUAUCUUUACCACAAAGUUCGAAUUGCCAUUCGCGGGGCAUCCGACCAUCGGCACGGCUAUUUUUCUUCAGCCGCAGGGCGUAAAGACCAUGAUUGCAAAGGCGGGCAGAAUUGACCUUGAGUUCGAAAACGGUUCUGCGCGAGCUUUAAUUCCUCACGAUGUUAGACUUCAUAAGCAGCGCGUGCCAAAGCAUGCCGUUGAAGCUGGUUGGGAUGAGAAAUUGGCAAAAGUCGCUGCUGCUGAUGAGGGCGCGCCACUGUUCAGCAUCGUUAACGGGAUGACUUUCGCCCUCGUGGAACUCCCAACAUUGGAGCUGCUCGGCGCUGCCAAGGUCGGAGCCAUGAGUUACAUUGACGGCGACCUGCAGGAUGACGGCUGGAAACACGACUUUGACUCGAGGCGCUACUACUACACGCUCCUCAACGGCGACACAUCAUCUGAUGGAAAAUAUGUGCAGAACCUCCGCACAAGACUUGUGAAGCGUGAUAUGGAGGAUCCUGCAACUGGAAGUGCCGCAUCUGCGUUGUCGUGUUACUUGGCGUUGCACAAGCUUUCUGCCACUUCGAUCAGGUUCUAUAUCACCCAGGGUGUUGAGAUGGGCCGCGAGAGUCUUAUCGUAGUGGAUGUUGAAGUCAAGACGAGUGAAGCUGGAGAGAGAAAUGUUAAGACUGUUCAUCUUAGUGGGAAGGCAGUCGAGGUCAUGAAGGGCACUGUUAGAGUGCCUCAGUGA